AUGAGUCGUGUGCACUCUAAAUUUCAGAAAGAAAUAUUGUAAUUUUAUAGAUCUGUGCUUAAAUGGGCAAGUCUUAAACCAGAACCGGCUAAGUCUAGCAUCAUCUAGUAUGCUUAGAAUGAAUACAGGAAGAAUUAAAAUAUUCCGAAAAAGAAGUUUGAUAGGGUAAUAUGUCCAUAACAUUAUUUUAGAUUGAAUUUCUGUUUAGAUAAGGAAAGAAUAAGUUUGAGAUAUGGAAGGUAAAUAAUUUUAAUAUGAUAAGGAUGCAAAAAUUGAUUCAAUAUAAAUAAAAUGA